AUGAAAUACUCAUUGCGCAUCAUCACACUCACACAGCAACUACAACAACAGCGGCAGCAGCAACAACAUUCCAACAAUCUCUCCUUCCUUAAUAAAAAGCCAAAUACCAAUACAACAAAUUCGAACAACGGCAACAAUAAUUUAAUAGUGCAAAAUUUAGAAGAUAAUUUCUUACCGAAUUUAAAUGAUAUCUCCUCUGUGGAUGCCGAAUUGGAUGAUGAUUGUUUUUGCCUUACACCACCAGCCACCACGCCCACAACGCCUACCCAACAACAAGCACCACAACAACAACAGCAGCAACAAUCACACCAGCUGCCAACAUUAAGUGCAGCCUUGGCACAACCCUCAACGUCCUCGGCGGCCGCUGCAGCAGCAACAUUGUCCUCAACGUCACCAGCUGCCUCGCCACUCAAGGAUUUGACCUCUAGCAGUGCCACCAGCACCACCUGCAGUCGUUUACAGCAGCUAAUUGCUGCACCGCCCAUUAUACAAACGCCCCAUUUGAGACAGCAGCAGCAGUUAUUGUCUCCUCCCACACCACCGCCUUCAACGCCACCAACACCUGCCUUAAGUACGCUGCAACAACAGCUGCAAAGUAAUUGCUCCAACUUACCAAGCACCUCCAAAGCCGCCACACCACUACACUCACCAGUACAACAACAGCAGCAGCAGACGUCAUCGGUGUUGCAACAACAUUUGGGCCAUAAUAGCACCAACAGUGCUGCUGACAAUCCUUUGGUAGCUGCUGCAAUUGCGGCCUCCUCAGCGUCACGACCCACCUUACAAACCCUGGCCCAACAUUUGGCCUCACCGCCACAAAAUCACACAAAUAAUCAUAAUAAUAAUUCGUCUACAUCUGCCGUUGUUUCUGUCUCUGCUCCUCCCACCUCACCAUUGUUAAGUUUGGUUGCUGCCAAUCCCUCAUCAUUGAUAACAUCAAGUACAACAUUGAAUAGUAUUAUUGCCAAUCGUUUAAAUUCCCCACCGAAUGCAAUUGCUGCUGCAGGAUCGUCAUCAUCAUCCUUGGCCACAACAUCAGGAUCCUCGUCAACGUCAACAAGUAAUACCAGCUCUUCGUCGUCUUCGUCAUCGUCCGCCUCCUCCACGUUUCAGCAGCAACAUUCCGCUUUAACAAAUUCGAUAACGCAUCGUAUACACCAAUCAAUACGCCGGCAUUUAAAUCAACAGAAUAAUAGUUUGUCAACAAAUUCCCAGCAACAUAACGGUGCUCAUCAGCAGCAACACCACCAGCAACGUCUAUUGCAGCAACAAUACCAGCAGCAGCAACAACAACAAUAUUCACAAAAUCACCUGCAACAAGAACAGAGGCAACAUCACCACCGUCACUCACACAGCCACCAGCAUCAUCAUCAUCACCAGCAACAACAAUUGCAACAGUUGCAAAACUCCGCUUCCGGUUCUUCUUCUGCCUCGUCUUCUUCGUCCUCAUCAUCAUCCGCAAAUUCCAAUUCAAAUUCACCCGUGUGUGUAGUAUUAUUGGUUAAAUGUCCAAAUUCGAAAGAAUAUUGUAAUGCCUUACAAGCCCACCAAAAUCAUAAUUUAAUACCUCCUGCAACAUUACAACAAUUACAACAACAACACCAGCAUUGCUGUGAUAAUAAAAGCUCCCCCUUUAAUAUUGCCGUAUGGCAUAAAUCUCACAAAAAGGUGUCAUUAACUGCCAUAACUGAUUAA